CGGUGUUUGUAGCUAGUUGAGUGCUCAAUCGAAAGCUCCGGCCAGGGCGAGCCCAACGAGUACAAAUUCGCGGGUGGCCGACGCGGUUGUGGGAUUCCCGAGGUGGACGGAGUCGUGGCGGGUGGAGGAGGGUAAGGAGGCCUGGUGCGCAGGCGCCUGGGAGGUGGGAUGCGGAGGCACCGUGGGCCGAACGGGCCAAGCGGGCCAGGACCGCUUUUCACUGGCGCCCUUCUUCUCUUUUUCCCUUUCCUUUCCUCCCCCCCAAGGCUCACCACUUCCUUCCCACCUUUUGUUUUUUUUCCGUCGUUUCACCCACGACUCGCAGGCUGCGCGUUUUCCUCUCGUCCACCAACCCGCGACCACAACCACGAACCAUCGAUACCGUCAUUUAUACAGCCAUCUCCGGCACGUCAUCUGCGAGCCGCACCGCGUCCCCCCGCGAGUCUCGCGUGUAAGUGCACUCGCCGACCCGUCUUCCCCCUGCUCGACACCCACGACCGCGCCUCCGCUCGCUCCGGCCGCGACCACAACACACCCGCCAGACCGCCACAACGCGUUCCUCUCGCCCAGCAAAUGGUCCUCGAGGUUCUACAGGACCACUUGUACGGUUGAAGACAAGGUUGGCUGGAUUUCAGCCCCACCGCGCAAUCGGAACCUCGAAUCUUGGACCAUGCCAUUGUAGCCUACCGCCAACAUGGU